AUGAAGCGGCUCAUUUCAUCUCAGAGGCUUGAUUGUGAAGGCCGUGAGUACCCCUCAUUUCUUCCACCUCUGACUAGAGAUUUCAAAAUUUGAUUUUAUUUGAUUUGCACAUUACAUUUCUCAAAAUAUUUAUUCCUUCUCCGACUGGAAUUCUUUUUUUCAUUGCCAUGAAUAUCAUUAUUUAUGCAAAGGUUAACGCUUGCAGAAGAACAUCAACCUUUGCAGAUCCUUUCACAAAACACUAUGAUUUUGUUCCAAUAUUUUUUGUCCAUUUUUAUGUAGAAGGUUCGUUACUUGACAUCGAAACCCAGUAAUGGGGCGAAAAGGAUGACGUAAGGCGAGCAAAAACGUCGCUAGAGAAUCCGGGAACGCCCAUGUUGUUCAAAGCUAGUUCUUGCCUCUUCCAUCUUCGUAACCUAAAAUCAAAGUAUUUUUCAGUGGUGGAAAAAAGUGCAAAAAUAUUCGAGAAAAAUAUAAACUCGGAAAAGGAUGGUGGCGGCCAGAAAGGGUCGGCGACAUCAAUAAAUUUCCCAUUGCUUUGAAAUCGGAAGCCAAGGAGAUUUAAAUAAACAAAAAAACCCAAUAAUGGUCUCAUUUGAAACCACGUAUUGUUCGUUCUGAAUUUCUUGUUGUGUAAGAAAAAGGGCAAGAAAACACAAAAAUCGCUAAAUCAGACUCCUUUGCUUCUUUAAAAACCCAAACAGCCGUUUUGAACAGGCUUUAUUUUUAGGGCUUUCAAAGGGCUUUUGCCUUAUUUUAUAGAAUAGUUAGGAAAUAAUGUUUCUUUGUGAUACUCUAACCAUUCUCUAUUGUACACUUGAUCGAUUGCUGACGACUCCUUGAAUCACAUUGAACGCCCCAUUCACCUCUCACAGCUUGCAUACGAUAAGAAGUGAGAAUGAAAAAUCGAAUUAAUGUGGUAUAACGUGGACCUUCAUUUCUUACUGCCGUGAAAAUUUCUCUCAUUAACUGUUUUCCUUUCAAUCUCUCACAUCUUUGUUCAUUUGAGCGCUUUAAAAGUACUUUUGAGGGGGAUUGGGCUUGAUUUUUCUUACUUUAAACUUUUUCACAUAAAUAGAGUCACGAAAAUAAAUCUCUACGUUUCGAAGACGUUGCCAUGAGCUGCGAAUUCGUGACAAAUAACCCCCGAAUUUAAAAGUUUCAAAAUAAUUUUUUUCGUGCUCCCCUAACCAAGAUAUCUCAAGAUUAAUGAUUUUCACGAUUUUCUUAUGUAAAAAAAGAAGUCGAUAAAUUCCACUCUUUUUGCUUACGUUAAUCGGAGUGUUCGGAAAUUAUAACCAGUACUUUUACUUAAAGACUUGCAAUAAUUUCAGACAUGGCAGUGAUCUCUUCCUCUUCAAAAAACGUGUAUUUUUUACUGUUUGCUAUUUUGGCAGUGAAUAUUUUCAUAUGGUUGAAUUUGAAACAACAAGAGCAAGGUAUGCCUGACUUAUAUUAGUGAGAAAUUAGAAUAAAGCUUGCAGGAUUACAAUCAUUCAUACAAAAGCAAGGUAUUUUGAAAGAUGAUCAACCGCCACCAAAACUUCCAGAAGCCAAUUUAGACAUGGUGAAAAGCUUUUUUUUUUCCCCGUUUUCAUCCGAAAGUUUUACAGACAAUUUUGAAGAAGCGUGCAGCAGAAGUAAUGCAAAAAUUGCGGAAUCCGCCGAGUAACAAUAAAGAAUUUUACGACAUUUUCAUCCCAGAGGUAAGUGAAGCUUUAGAAUCUUGAAAAAUGAGACACAGAUUUGAUUUUGAAAAAAAAGAUGAAUAUUUUAUGGCUCUUCAUGGGUUCGAAAAACUUUUUUUUUUCAGGUUCUGUGUCCAAAAAUAAUUCGCGUCGGUGAAUGUGGCGACGGAGGAAAAUUCGUUUGCAAUCCGCCAGCCAUUCCAAAAGACUGCGUGUGAGCUUCUUUUAAGAAACUGCGAACAAAUAGUGUAAAUUUACUGAAAUGAAAACUUGAGUAGCGUCUCAUAAGGAAAAAAACAAUUCAUUGUAUAGAAUAGGCUAUAGAAUAGGAGAGGAAUCCAUCCCCAAACAAGAGGUGAUUAGAGAUUUAGGAGUUAAUUUCAGUUCCGAUCUGAAAAUGCAUCAUCAUAUCGACAUAAUAGUCAAAAAAAGCAUUCGUAUAAUCAAUAAUCUUUUCCGUUGCUUCACUUUUUCCGUUAAAAACUUUAUGAACUGUUAUAAAGCCAAAAUUCUACCAAUUUUAGAGUAUGGAUCGGAGCUAUUCUCUCCACUAACCCAAUCUGACAUAAACAGGCUAGAAUCGGUUCAAAGAAAAUUCACCAAACGGCUUCUCCCAAAAGAAACCUAUGCUGUAAGACUAAAAUCCCUUUCUCUAGACACUCUAUGGACAAGGCGUCUGCGAAAAGAUAUCAUAAUUACACAUCAGUUCAUAUAUGGCUAUUAUUGGUGUCCAUCUCCAUUCAAAUUACAAACGAUAUCAAAUAGACGAAACCAACUGAGAGGCAACGGCCUUAAACUCGAACCACCACCAAUCCAUCAUGUUCACUAUAACUUUAUUACGCAACGCGUGUAUAAAUACUGGAACGGCUUAAACAGAGUUAUGGUUUUUGAGGAUGACCAAAGAAGAUUUAAAAGUUGUUUGAAAAAUUGGUUUUUGAUAAGGAAGCUGCAAAUUUCACAAAAUGAUUCAACUCGUUUAUAGAUUACUUUUCUUUUUGAUUCUCUUCGAUUUCGACCUAAAAUAUUUUUAUAUUAAAGUGGAACUUUAUCGAAGUGGAGGCAAAUAUAACUUUCAUGGUUCUCUUCCUCCACGCCACAGAUCUGUCUGUGAGCGAAAUAAACAUUCAUUCAUUGCCUGUUAAUACUCCUGUAUAAACUCCUAAAUACUCAAGGACGAGGAAAAUGAUAGGUUGGAUCAUUUAACUGGCAUGUGUGCCUUAUUAGUGACCUCUUGGAAAGGGAAACAAUAUAAUAAUUAACAGUUUUUUUUUACCACACCGUGGCGUGUCCAAAGUGAUCUCCGCGAAAUUCAAAAAUAUCUUCCCCCUCCAAAAUUUAGUUGUCUUUUUCACUCUCUGACUUCUAUUUCGAAUUUCAAGGGAUCAUUAUGACUACGGCAUUAAUUAAAAUAGAUAUUUUUACAAAAAAACAAUCUAGAAUACCAUAAAUCGGUUAUUUUUUUCAGAAUAGUUUCGCUGGGGUUGAACAACCAAAUAAUGUUCGAUGUCGAUAUUCAGAAAAGGUCUCAGAAUAAAUGUCGAAUUUUAGGCGCUGAUCUGGUAGGUUUUCUCUAAAUUUUCUCAACAUAGUAAAGAAUUAUUUCGAAAUUACAGAGUGAGCAAAAUGCAAAAACCAAAGAAACUUAUCAAAAAAUGCGAGGCACGUUAUUUGUGGGAGCAAUUGGACGCACCCUAUCCGUUUGUAAGUUAACAGUUCAAAUGAAAAAAACAUCAACUUGAUUUAAGCUGAAAUUAUGAGAAAAUCGUCAGCGUCUGAAGCUGAACUUCUCAAAAUGGAUAUAGAGCAUGCUGAGCAUCAUGCGUUAGAGCCGUUCCUCAAAGAAUAUAAAGUUUGCCAGGUAUACCAUUUUUAUGCAUUACUAACUAGUUCUGCUAACGUCUGAAAAGGCAAAAAACGUGGAAUAUGUCGCGCAUUAAACAAUUUUAUUGCAGAUCUUUCUGGAAAUUCAUGGUGCGCCGGCCUUGCAUAUGUCGCUCCUGAAAAAAAUUUCCAAGUUUGAUUAAUUCAGUGAGGCUCAAUAAUUAAAAUUUUACAGACAAGGGUAUCGGAUAUUUUCCGUUGAACCUAAUAUUUAUUGUCCGCUGUGCUGCGAAUACAGUUUCAUUCGUGAAGGAUGCAUUGAUCGAUACGGCGCAAUUCCCCUAGAAAAUGUCAUUCCUGAAUGAUUUUUGUUUCCUUUGGUGUUCUCAAAACCUUUGAUGAUCGGGAUUAAUUUUCUCUACGCCAUGUAGUAAGUUUCUCAAUUACUUUCAUAACUUUUUCUUGCAAUCCUACUCGAAAUUUCGCUUUCGUUAUUUCGUUAUUUUUGGUGUUGAUUGUUUGUUUUUCUUGAAAGUAAAGAAUCUAUUGAAACGUGAAGUCAUCAAUUGUUCCAUCGAGGCUACAACAGUGGAAAAAAUACAGCUCUGGUCAAAAAGUCCAAAAUUUGAGGACUUUUAGAAAUACGGAAAAAUUGUUAUCGCAGCUGUGAGCGGCCACGGGCGAGAUUUUGAACAAACAUAACCAAUUUUAUACAUUCAUAUUAUUCUGCUACGCAGUUCUACUGCUUAUUUAAAUCAGACUUCAAUCUUAAUUCUACUCUGAAAUGAAAAGUAAAGCUACAACUGUUCUAAAACGCAAAAAUUGGCCCAAUCUUGUGCUGCUAUGCUUAGCGUUACUACUUUUUUAUAUGUACUACAUGGAAAAACGAGUAAGUUACUGUUCACUGUUCGUUUUUCAAUAGAAAAAGUUAAUUUUUUUUAGAGUGAAUUAGCUCUGCCACCUAGUUUGUACAAAGAAUGGAAAAUUUGUGUCUUAGAAAAAAUUCAACAGUUCCGGAAUAAUCCUGUUGGUGUAAGUUUUUUGAAAAGGACUUGAAGCUUUUUUAUCGUGUUUUUUUUUUUUCAAUACUUCAGCUUUGGGAUAAUCUAGCUCCGGUUGUACUAUUCUGUGAAAACCGGCCGAACAUACAAGCCGGUCUGAAAAUAAAUGAUUACGAGAGUCCAGAUGAAACCAAGCGUGGCAUUCUUCCAAAAACGGUUAGUUCCAAGCUUUUCAGCUGAUACUCCUUUUAAGAACGAGCCAAGCUGCACUGUAACUCUAGGAGUUGGACAAAGUACAUAUGCUGAAGAAUUAUUGCUCAAGGUAUUCAUCUUCAAAUGUAAUUUUACAACAUUUUUAAGCACUUACCAAAUGGCUCGAAAUUUUUUGGAGCCGAUCCUUCUCAUGAAAUUAAUGAAGAAAAGUAUAGCAAAAUCGGUCCGUUUUUCCCGUUCGCCGUCGCUGCCCAAUCUGGCCUGUCAGAAGCUGAUGUUCUCAUUGGAAGUGGGUACCUCUGCAGAAAAAAAAAAUGAAAAAUCUCUAGAAAAAAACGUAGAACGCCAUCGGAGAUAAAUUAAGAAAUAUAUAAAAAUGCGGCCCACGAACUAAUAACACCAGACAUCAUAGUACACACGACUUUCCCAAAAAUAUUUGUCAUUUAAAAAAAUGCCUAAAGAUUUGCCCCUACAAGUCUAUUCGUUUACAUCUUCGUGAAGCUUCUCAUCAUAAUACCAUGGAAUUUAGCGGAUAACAUCUCCUGUUCAUAAAAGCUGUUACCUAAGUCUAUAAUCCACAAAAUUUUCAACUCCUAACUUGUCCGAGUCCGAGUAACCUUUCACGCUUCGCUUGUAAAACAAUAAGGAAAACAAUAAAAAAGUUUUUAUUUUUUUUAAUACUACAGUGAUUAACUCGAAACAACUAGAGUUUAAAAAUAACAAUUUAAUUAAAUAAAAGCCGAAAAAAAUCGCGGCGUCUCAAGAGGCCCCGCCUACAAAAAAAUCGUCAAAUAUGACGUUUCUUGUGCAUGUACCGCCCUCGAAAAACUAGCAUACUGCCGACAUUUUUUUAUAAUUUUUUUAAUGAAAAACAAACUUUUUUUCAAGCUGAAAAAAAGUAAAACAGUGAAUAUUCGGUCAUGUAUCUUGAAUAUCAAAAACAGGGAAAUACUAAAAGAAAUAAACUUUUCAUAAACUUUUCAUUAAAAAUAAGUUUCAAAUAUAUUAAAAUGUUUUUUUAUUGCUGCUAAAAAGCAAUGGCAAAGGAUGAAAACCAGUCAGAAAGAAUGAUUAAAACAGUUUUGCACGAGAAAACUGCAUUUACAAUAGUUUUGAAAAAUACUUUUUUUGAGAAGUUAUUUGUGAAUUAUCUUUCAGUAAUCGGAGAAUUCAAAUUCAGAGAAUAAUCUUUAUGAGACUAAAGUUCCAUUAUUUUCGGGGCUUACGAACCGUUUCAAGUCAUUUUUUUUUAAAAAUAGACGAAGAAAAUACACAACAACCAAAAAAAUUACACUCGGACGUCGGUAUAUUCUGUUCAGAUUUUGAAUGUCAAGUCGUCGCUCAAGCUCCGCCCCUAAUGGUGGGAUAAACCAAUCAGAGAGCGAGUCAUACACAGAGUGUUUUUGAAUGACGUCAUUGCACUUGACAUUAAAAAUCUGAACAGACUAUAAUGCGAACCGGGCGCGUCGACGCUUCUGAGCAUUUUUAGUGAUCCCUUUAGCGGCUUUAGCGUUUUCAAGUGAUUUACUUAAAAACUUCUAGUUUGUGUUUUCUUUUUCAAAGUGAUCAAUUCAAAAUAUAUCGGAGAAGGAAAAAUAUCUUGAUGUGAAAAAGAUAACGAAAACCCUAGAGCCAGAGAUCAUAACGGAUUCGCAGAAUUUCAUAUCAUUUUUUUAUUAAAAAAACUAAUUAUUGAUUUCUAGAAUCAUAUAAGAAGAAAACUGUCGUGCACAUUGACAUUAUCUACUUUUUCAAAAACAUUAUUCAACAAGAGGUUAGUUUCUACAAGCUGAUGUCCUGAAGUUUUUCUCCAUUUCAGUUUUUCGAUAAUGUUUGGAUUGACGUGGAAUCUGCAGAGUACGACAUUUUGCCGUUUUUCUACCGAGGCGGGAAAUUUGAUUUGAACAAGAUCACCAUUUGCCAAUUCAAUAUUGAGGUGAGCUUCAUUUGUUCCAUGGAUGGGCAUCAACUUUUUUUUUCGAUCCACGAACCGACUUAUCAUCAAAAAGAGCUGUUUCGCGACUUCAUUUUUCAACUACUGAAAGAUAGUCGUUACGCUUUCUUCCGUAUUGUGCAGAUGAAACAUAUUCGGAUGUUUUUCGUCAAUUUCGCGGAUGAGAGAUGUGUUAAAAAGUAUAUUUCUUGA